AGGCCGUGCUGGCUCGAGGCGGCCGCGCGGCCGACCGCCGGGCCCCUCCGGGGGCGCCUGGGGCGGGCGGCCCCCAUGAGCGCUUUCGAGGAGCUGGGCAUCUGCCCCGAGAUCAUCCAGGCCGUGGAAGAGGACGAGUGGCUGCUCCCCACGCCGGUCCAGCAGGAGGCGAUCCCGCUCAUCCUCGGCGGGGGGGACGUGCUCGUCGCCGCGGAGACGGGCAGCGGCAAGACUGGGGCCUUCGGCCUGCCCUGCCUCCAGAUCGUCCACGAGACGCUGCGCGGGAAGUGCCAGUCGAGGAAAAAAAUGAACACCAACCUCAAGUGCGAGUUCAACCUCAACGACAAGGACAUGUUUGUUCUCGUCACCGAGGAUGGCCUGGAGUGCAAGAGCGACGACGACAAGCGCUGGAACGGUAUACGGGCCACGAUCGAAGUUUUAAAUGGCAAGUACAUGUACGAAGUGGAGGUCGUGGAGGGCAUGAUGCGGGUCGGCUGGAGCGCAGGCUUCGCCAAACUGGAGCUGGGCAUCGAGGACAAGAGCUUCGGCUACGGCUCCACGGGCAAGAAGAGCUGGAACAGGAAGUUCGAGGAUUACGGAGAGGAGUUCGAGGAGGGAGAUAUAAUCGGUUGCUUGCUCGACAGGGAAGCCAAUACUAUCUCUUACUGCAAGAACGGGCGUGACUUGGGCGUCGCGUACAAAAUCCCGCCUGACCUUCUCAGAAUAGGCCUCAAGCCGCACAUCUGCGGGAAGGGCUUCAUGGCGGCUGCGACGUUCGAUGGGCCGAUGGAAUACCCCGUAGAAGGAUACACGCCGAUAGGUGCGAUCGACCCAUCGCAUACUCCGCAGGGAAUGUCUCAGGCAAAGGGGAAACGCCCGCCUAUGUGCAUGAUCUUGGAGCCGACCAGGGAUCUGGCUGAACAGACAUACAAUUGCAUGACAAAGUUCAACAAGCAUUUAGAGAACCCGACUGUCCGUAUCACACUAUUUGUUGGUGGUAUCGAUGAAAAAGAGCAGUUCCGCGCCUUGGAAGAAGGCGUCGAUAUUUGCGUAGGCACCUUGCAGAAGACUAUGGAUUACGUGCGUAGGGGGAAGCUUGACGUGUCGCAAAUCAAGUUUCUAGUGCUUGACGAGGCAGACGACUUGCAGAAGAAGGACGAUCGAAAAGAGAUUCCGCGCUUGAAUGCCCAGAUCAAGAGAGGCCGGCGAGACCGAGUUCAGACACUUUUCUUCAGCGCUACGCUGCACACGCCCGAGGUGGUGCAGAUGAUCAAUGACAUCACCACGAGGCCGAUAUGGGUCGAUCUCAAAGGGAAGGACAGCGUACCAGAGACGGUGCACCAUGUUGUUCUGUACGUGGACCCGAUGGCCGAUUUCCCGUGGUCUGACACAGAUUUAGCAGUGCGCGCAAAGCCGCAAGACCAGAAGAAUCAACCAGUGCUCGAUGCUGUGCACGAGAAGCCUUCCAUGUCUUCCAUCGACAGCAAACACCCAGAGGCCCUGAAACUGUCAGAGAAAAUCAAGCAGAUGAAACCCAAGUAUAUGGUGAAGAUGGCGGACCUUUUCAAUAUGAGUCAGUGCUUGGUGUUCUGCCGGACGAACGUGGACUGCAACAACCUGGAAGAUUACCUCAAUCGGUUGGGCGGCACGAAGGGAACUUAUGGAGGCAAGAUGGAGACGGGCAAGGAAAACCCAUACUCGUGCGUGGUACUUGCUGGCAUGCGAGCCCAGGAUGAACGACGCCAGAACUUGGAGGCGUUCAAGGAGGGUGACAUCAGGUUCCUGGUGUGCACCGACGUGGCUGCCCGGGGUAUCGACAUCGCUGGGCUGCCGUACGUCAUUCAGACGACUCUGCCAGACGACAUCGAGAAUUAUAUCCACCGCAUUGGGCGUUGCGGUCGUGCUGAGCGCAUGGGUUUGGCCAUUUCCAUCGUGGCCACAGAGAAGGAGAAGGUCUGGUAUCACAAGUGCCCCUCGCGUGGCAAGAACUGCACGCCCUGGCCUGGCAACACCAAGCUGACGAUUCCCUUCGGUCCCGACCAGAAGCUAAAGCCCCGUGACGAUGCCAACUGGAUCAUCGACGAGGGUGGCUGCACAAUUUGGUACGACGAGCCAGACCUAAUCAAGCAGGUGGAAAAACGCAUCGGCAUGCCCAUGAACGUUAUGGACCCAGACGAUUUCAGCGUGCCUGGGAUACUGGAGAGCCCCCUGGGCGAGGAGUUCCAGAAGAAGGCGAAGCAGGAGAAGGUCCCGAAGGAGCCGCCGAGUCGCCGGGCGCUGAAGCGCAAAGAGGAGGAGAAGGCCGUGGUGACGUACGGCUUGAAGAAGGACGACGCCACGCAGAAGACGUCGGCUAAGCACACGUCGGCGCUCGCGCCAGUGGUGGGAGAGCUGGCGGCCCUCGAGAAGGAGAUCCAGCAGAUGUUUGCGCAGGCCAUGUGGGGCUACGCCGCCGGCGCGGGCGGCGCGCCCCGGCUGCCGCCCGCCCGCAGGGCCCCGGCCGCCGCGCCGGACCCGCGGCGCCGCGGGCCCGGGCGGCGGAGCCGCCGCGGCGGCGGGGGACGACGACACGGCAG